AUGGCGCUCUCCAAAACCAACAAGAUCAUUAUCCUACUGGUUAUUGAUACUGCCUUCUUUCUGUUGGAACUCAUCGCAGGUUAUACGGUCCAUUCCCUUGCCCUUAUCGCCGAUUCCUUCCAUAUGUUGAAUGAUGUGCUAUCCUUACUCGUGGGAUUAUGGGCCGUCAAAGUCGCCAACCGCGAGCCAAACUCCAAGAUGUAUACCUAUGGCUGGCAACGCGCAGAAACACUGGGUGCAUUGGUCAAUGGCGUCUUCCUUGUCGCCUUGUGUGUCUCCAUAUUCCUUGAAGCAAUCCAACGAUUGGUGGAGCCGCAGGAAGUGAGCAAUCCGAAAUUUGUCUGCAUUGUCGGAUCCUUGGGUUUAGCAUCCAACCUUCUGGGUCUCGCUCUUUUCCACGAUCACUCCCACGGCCAUGGUCACAGCCAUGGUCCCGAAAAUGAAAGUAUGGAAGACGUGGAUGCUGCAGAGCAGGGUUUCGGCCAACAACAUGCCGAGGAGUACGAGAAUGCCGGGAAGGCAAAUGGCAAGCAGGCCAAGGCCACAGAUUCGACUUCACCCUAUACACAGCGCCGCCGGACCGUGGACAGCCAGGCUCGCGGUUCUCGUCGGUAUAGCGCCUCAGCGGGCCGUGGUUUUGAUGUAGAGGAUAUCUCCCAUCCCGUGACUUUGCGGCAAGAGAUCAUCGCUGCAAGCCAGACCAACCGGUAUGGAGUGGAAACAUCCGAGUCAGAUAGCGACGGGCGCGAAGGUGACGAGGCCCCACCAUCCGAACGUUCAGCACUUCUGAGCCGCAAGGAUCGGAAGUCCAACUACACGGAUGAGGAUAGUACGCCUACCAACGGACGCGAUGUGACCACGGAUGACCUUCACCGUCACCACAAGCACGCACAACCAAAGCCCAAGGACGAGAAGGGUGGUCACGGUCAUGACUUGAACAUGCGUGGUGUGUUCCUUCACGUCAUGGGUGAUGCUCUGGGAAACAUCGGUGUUAUCGCCUCUGCGCUUAUCAUCUGGUUGACCGAUUAUUCGUGGAAACACUACGUGGAUCCGGGUAUCUCUUUGUUUAUUACUAUCGUCAUCCUCUGCUCAGCCAUUCCUCUGUGCAAAGCGGCGUCGCGUAUUCUGCUGCAGGCGGUUCCUUCCGGUCUGAGCAUCGAUCACAUCAAGGAUGACAUUGAGCAACUUCCCGGGGUUAUUGGCUCGCACCACCUCCAUGUCUGGCAGCUGAGUGACACCAAGAUCGUGGCCUCGAUCCACAUUCAGGUUGACACGGAAAUCAAGGGCGAGGGCUCUGAGCGGUACAUGCAUCUGGCCCGCCAAGUGCGGAAGUGCUUGCACGCCUAUGGCAUUCACUCAUCCACCAUCCAGCCCGAGUUUGCCCCGGACAGCGAUACUGAGGACAACCAAGGCGGUCCAUCGUCUUCUCGGGCAAGCAAAAAUGACCACAACCUAGCAAGCAAGCAGCCCAGCCGUGCUGCCAGUGUCCGUGAGGACGCGCAAGCAUGUCUUCUCGAAUGCGAUGAGAAUUGCGCUCGCGGCGGGCAAUGCUGUCCUAAGAAGCCUACAUAA